CUCCUUCCCUCCUUUUCUUGGGGAAACUUUCUCCCUCCCUCGUCCCGCCUGGGAAGGAAGGGAGGGAGGAUGGAGGGGGGCCGGAGGAGAGCGGAGCCCGGGCAGAGGCAGCAGCAGCAGCGGGGUCCUCCUUCUUCUUGAGCUCGGCCCCUUCUCUCCUUCCCGGACGGUCCUCCUCCAGGCCCCGGGGAACUAGAGCGCCCCCCCCAAGGACGGCAGAACUUGGUCUCCCGAGGGGAGGAUGGCGAGGGGGCUCCCCAGCCCUGCUUCGGGGACCGAACAACCGCUGGCUGGGUGAAAACUUCUCUUCGGGACCAGGAAACUGGAAUAUGCAAGCCUAAGAUGGAAACAUCCACCUCAACAACAGCUGGGAAAAAAGAAGGAAAAACUGCCCUUCUGGAGGCAGGCAAUGGCUUUAAUGAAAUUGGGAAGAAAACCAUUCCAUUAACUUCAGCCGCAGCAACAGCAGUGGUGACCCAAGGAGUUCCACAGCAUAUUUUUCCAGCAUUCCAUUCUCCUUUGCCAAUUGACAUGCGCCACCAGGAAGGACGAUACCAUUAUGAACCUCACUCCAUCCAUGCUAUACAUGGUCCUACUCUGAGUGGCAGUCCUGUUAUCUCCGACAUCUCCCUCAUCCGUCUUUCCCCACAUCCUGCUGGACCCGCAGAGUCACCUUUCAGCCACCCACACCCAUACAUGAACCCACAUAUGGAACACUACCUCCGAUCCAUGCACAGCAGCCCUACGCUCUCUAUGAUCUCAGCUGCCAGAGGUCUCAGCCCAGCUGAUGUAGCUCAUGAGCAUCUGAAAGAGAGAGGUCUCUUUGGCCUGCCCCCUCCUCCUCCAGGAGCCAACCCUACGGAUUACUAUCACCAGAUGACACUCAUGACCAGCCAUCCAAACCCUUAUGGGGACCUCCUCAUGCAGACUGGGGGAGCAGCCAGUGCACCGCACCUUCAUGAUUACCUCAGCCCUGUCGAUGUAUCAAGAUUCUCCAGCCCAAGAGUGACUCCAAGAUUAAGCCGGAAGCGAGCGCUUUCUAUAUCUCCCCUUUCUGAUGCCAGCAUUGACCUCCAGACAAUGAUUCGAACCUCACCAAAUUCCUUGGUAGCUUAUAUAAAUAACUCCAGAAGCAGUUCUGCAGCUAGUGGUUCUUAUGGACAUUUAUCUGCUGGAGCAAUAAGUCCUGCAUUCACCUUUCCUCAUCCAAUCAACCCAGUUGCCUACCAACAGAUUCUGAAUCAGCAAAGAGGCCUGAGCUCAGCAUUUGGGCAUACACCUCCCUUCAUCCAGCCAUCUCCAACGUUCCCUUCCCGGCAGCAUGUGGCCGUCAUCUCUGUCAAUUCCAGUCCUGCUCAGAUCAGCAACAGCAGCAAUUGCAUAGCUGAUUCAAAUCAGAGCAAGCAGAGCAGUGAGUCAGCUGUUAGCAGUACUGUCAAUCCAGUAAUUAAUAAACGCAGUAAAGUCAAGACUGAAAUGGAGACUCUACCACCAGCUUCCCCACCUACUCAGGAACAUCUGACGGACUUGAAAGAGGAGCUGGAUAAAGAUGAAUGCAAGCAAGAGCCGGAAGUUAUUUAUGAGACCAACUGUCACUGGGAAGGGUGUACAAAGGAGUAUGAUACACAGGAGCAGCUCGUCCAUCACAUCAACAAUGACCAUAUUCAUGGGGAAAAGAAGGAGUUUGUCUGCCGCUGGCAAGAGUGUACCCGGGAGCAGAAACCAUUCAAAGCACAGUACAUGCUAGUGGUACAUAUGCGGAGGCACACUGGAGAAAAGCCACACAAAUGCACGUUUGAAGGUUGCUCCAAAGCCUAUUCACGGCUAGAAAACUUAAAGACACACCUGAGGUCUCAUACUGGAGAAAAACCUUAUGUCUGUGAACAUGAAGGCUGCAAUAAAGCUUUUUCCAAUGCUUCUGACCGAGCAAAACACCAGAACAGGACACAUUCCAACGAGAAACCCUACAUCUGUAAAAUUCCCGGCUGCACAAAGAGAUAUACAGACCCCAGUUCCCUCAGGAAACACGUGAAGACUGUGCACGGGCCUGAAGCUCACGUCACCAAGAAGCAACGCAAUGAUGUUCACUUGAGACCACCUGCUCUUAAGGAAAACAGUGACAAUGAAGCAAGUGCCAAGCAAAGCAGCAAGGGUGCUGAAGAGCAUGUUGAGGCAAACAGCACCGCCAGAGGCACGGAAGACUGUUUACAAGUCAAAACUAUCAAGACAGAGAAUUCUGUGAUGUAUCAGUCCAGUCCUGGUGGCCAGUCAUCAUGUAGCAGUGAACCAUCACCACUUGGGAGCACCAACAACAAUGACAGUGGAGUAGAAAUGAACAUGCACAGCGGGGGAAGUCUGGGGGACCUGACCACAUUGGAGGAUGGCACUCCUGUUGUAGACUCGACGGUCACAACUGGCAACUCGACUGUCAGCCUUCAGCUGAGGAAGCACGUGACAACAAUGCAGCGCCUUGAGCAGCUCAAGAAAGAGAAACUCAGGACAGUGAAGGAUUCUUGCUCGUGGGUGAAUCCAGCCCCACAAGUCAGGAACACCAAGCUGCCUCCCAUCCCAGGCAAUGGCUGUCUAUUGGACAACAUGGGUGGUGCCUCUACAGCAUUACCUAAUCAGAGGUUAACAGAGCUGUCCAUCAGUGAAGUUACAAUGUUGAACCAAUUAGCUGAACGCCGUGACAGUUCAACCAGCACCAUCAGCUCUGCCUACACUGUCAGUCGCAGGUCAUCAGGGAUAUCUCCGUACUUCUCCAGCCGCCGUUCCAGUGAAGCUUCCCCAUUUGGACACCGUCCUAAUAACACAAGCUCUGCUGAUUCCUAUGACCCCAUUUCCACAGACGCCUCUCGCAGGUCGAGCAAUGCUAGCCAGUGUAGUGGCAUCCCAAGUCUUCUGAACCUGACACCUGCUCAGCAGUACAGGCUGAAAGCUAAGUAUGCUGCUGCCACAGGUGGCCCUCCACCAACCCCACUGCCUAACAUGGACAGAAUGAGUCUAAGGAAUAAGAUCUCCCUCCUGGAUGGGGCAGAACCUGCUUUGCCUUCCUUUUGCCUCCCCCCUGGGCCGCGGCGUUGUAGUGACAGUAAUGCUUAUGGGUAUGGAGCAUCACCUGCCUUUGCUCAUGAGGUUCCAGGCAACUGUGCCAGGCGUGCAAGUGAUCCAGUGAGGAGACCUACUGGAGAUCCAGCUUCCCUCCCCAGAAUCCAUCGUUUUAACAGCACCAGCAACAUGAAUCAUCUUCAUCUUCCUGCAGACAGAAGAAACUUCAACCUGCCAAAUGUUACACGUGCAGACGGAAACCUUGCUAGACACAUGUAUUCCCCACGGCCUCCAAGCAUUAGCGAAAACAUUGCCAUGGAAGCAAUGCCUGGUGAGACAGAUGGUUCUGUAGGAGAUGAUGAUAUUGUGCUACCUGAUGACGUAGUACAAUAUAUUCAAUCCCAAAACAAUGCAAUGACUUCAGAGAACUCUUCCUCAGGAUAUGGAAAUGAGAUGCAGAACUUCCAAGCCAAUGUAAAAGCACAACAAAACCACAUGCUGAGCCAACGCAGGAUGGCUGUUCCUGAUGUAAGCAUGAAUCAUACAACACCAGUUGUGAGUGGGUGCCAAAUAAACUUUGGGACUAACUCUGAUUUGAGUAAAAACAAUAUGCCAGUCCAGUGGAAUGAAGUCAGCUCGGGUACUGUUGAUAUAUCUUCUGCUCAGAUGAAGCAACAGUUCCCUCAACGUAACCUAGCAGUAGUCCACCAGAAGCAGAACUUUGGGCAGUUUCAAAACUUCAACCAACAGCAGAUGCAAAUGGAUCAAAGUAAUAUAAACAUGACCCCACAGCAGUUUGUACAGAAGAAUGCAGGACUGGAUGGACAGAGGUUAAAUUGCAUGCACUUAAGGCAGCAGCAACAGCAGGUGAAUCCAGGUCCUAGUAACAAUACAGAUUUACAUGCACGUGAAAUGUACAAUCAAGUUCAUCAAAUGCUGAGCCCAAAUGCCAUGGGUGGUGAACUCAACCAGCUCUCUCCUUCCUGUAAUAACAUGAUAGUGAAGCCUGCUUCUCAUGUUCAUCCCCAACAGAUAGAUGCUAUGGCUGAUUCAGUUGCAAUGGUUAACAGUAGCAGAGAAUGCAUAAUGCACAACCAGGCACUGCAGGAACCAGGGCAUCAGCCAAGCCACAUGAACUUCUCCAUGACACAGGAGGCCUUCCAUCAACCUUCCUCAUUAAUGACCUCAAGUCAACCACAUUUGGAGCCACAACAGGAUAUUAUUGGAACAGUUGGGCAGAGUUUUACUUCUGGUGUGAUACAGCCUCAUCCUCCACCUAAUCCCAACCCAGCAAACAGGCACCGAGGGUUACGUGCUAUGCAGCAGUUGGGUUACAUGAGAAUAUCUCAACCAACUAAUGAUAGAUGCCCAGGGCAGGAAAGGCCAAAACCAGCCCCUAAGGUAGCAGCUGUAAUUUCCUCACCACAAUCAGACCAAUGUCACAAUAGUAUGAGGGAAAACCAUUUGAUGCACUAUUAUGGUCAAAUACACAUGUAUGAACAAAACGGGAAUUUUAAUAACCAUGCAGACUGUUCUAUACGGCAGCAACAGCAGUGUUCAUUGAACAUCAAGCCAGCCGCCAUGCCCUCUCCUGGAGCUAAUCAAGUUUCAAGCACUGUGGACUCUCAGGUUCUGGAGCCUCCUCAGAUAGAUUUUGAUGCCAUCAUGGAUGAUGGUGAUCAUUCAAGUCUGAUUUCAGGGACCUUGAGCCCUAGCAUCCUACAGAAUCUCUCCCAGAACUCUUCUCGCCUUACAACUCCCCGGAACUCUCUGACACUGCCAUCUAUACCAGCUGGAAUUAGCAAUAUGGCAAUAGGGGACAUGAGCUCUAUGUUGACGACAUUGGCAGAAGAGAGUAAAUUUCUUAACAUGAUGUCUUAAUACUUAAAGCACAACUGACUAGAAGUACUGAAAAGAUUACAUGCUAAGCAAUUUUAUGAAUGUGCUUUUUUUUUAAAAAAAAAAUGUUUCCAUAGAGUAGACUUUUUUUACAAGUAUUAAAUACAUUAAAGUGAUUCCAAAUGAGGAAGAAGUGUCUUUGUACAAACAUGUAUAAACUAUAUAAAAGAAGCACUGAAGUAAUGCACCGCUAGUAUUAUUUUUGUGCUUGUUUUUUCAAGUGCUGAAAAAUGCCACUGUCAUUCUAGAACAGACCUUUAAAGUGUCCCUGUUCGUAAAAGAUAGGGCACAUUUGCCACCAUGCUUAAAAUCUUCCCACGACUUCUUCCCUUGUUAGUUUUCCAAUAUCUCAUUGUUGCAGAAAUGUUCAACCUCAACCUCUGAGUUUGCCAAAUGUUGAGCACUAGGAAGUUAUGCACAAAAAUAUUGAAAAGCACUCUUUCAAACAAAGCUCUGCCUUGUAAACCACAUGUUUUGCUGUUGCUUUUUGUUUUCCCUUAGUUAUCACUGCAAAAAGUGAAAUGCACUGGUAUCAGUUUGACCAAAGUGCAAAAGCCAUACUGUGUACGCUUAAUGCUUUGCUUUGUGGCCAGAAGUGCUUGUACAUGUGUGCAUACAUGUGUACAUGCAGACACAUGAACACACACAGCAUUGCUUUAUACAGCUAAUAUAGUUCUAUGUACCUUAUAGCUUACCUGAGAAGCAUCAGCUCUUGAACAGCUUUGCAGUGAAGUGCCUUACUGUGCAUUAGUUAUUGAGUCGUCAAGGCAUCUCUUGUCCAUUAACGUCAAAUAAAGUGUAUCGCCAGAAGCAUAUAUAAAAUAAAGGUGCAUUUAUAUCAGGCAUUGCAAUAUUGCUAAAAAGACAUUUGAGAUGGACACAUUGAUGAGGAGGAGAUGUGAAAGAUUAAUGUCCUGGCUGUUUUAUCAGAGGGCAUUUUUAUAAGGUGGUCUAUAUCAUGAAGAAUGAAGUGGAGGUUUGAAAAUGCCAUUAAGUUAAAAAAUACAUUUAGGAGAAGAAAGAUCCCUGCUGUGCAUGACAUUCAUUUGUUCUUUAAAGAAUGUAGAUCACUCAUACUUUCCAUUGAAUUCACAUUGGAGUUGAAAGGGCAAAGAGGAUGGCCACGUCAGAGUCAGUUAAAUAUGAGAUUAAAUAAGUGAUGCUGCAGAAAUUCUGCAAAAAAUGUUAGGGCCCAUAAAACCUCUUGCUCCACAUUGCACAUCCAGGUUUGGAUGUGGGCAGCCCACUCAGGUAUCAACAUGCCUGUAUAAUUUCAAGCACUCGGCAUCAUCCUGUCAUGCAGAGUGACUGGAAGUUUAAAACACUACUUCAGGUACAGUACCUUGGAGAAAGGCAGAGUAUCAGUGAACGAAGCAGAAAGAUGGAUAAUAAAGAUCAGUGAGAUGCAUAUCCAUAUGGGCUCACAAAAAGAAACCAUAUUCUCCUUUGCAAAUCACCUGAUAAUUGUACAAUCUGAUGUGCACAAUUAUUCUUAUUCACAAAAUGAUCAAAUGCCAUGUGUUCAUAAAGAGCUGGUAUUUGUAUAUAUUGCAAUACCAACAGAACUGAGAGAAAGAGACAGAGAUAUACUUCCAAGUUGUGGCAGUUUGGAGCAGGAGAAUGUGGCCUUCAAUGUUUAGCACUGCACAUUUCAACUGGUGGAAGUACUAAUACUGUACAAUUAUAUACUGUACACUUUGGUUGUGGAUUGUGGGAGUUAAAUGUCCAAAACAUCCAGGUUGUGGAAGAUUGCUUUAGGACCUUCAGACUUGGUGGAGAGGGAUACAACGGUUUCUAAUUUUUAACACAUUUAUGUAGCCAAAGUUUAUUUUUCAGUCUUUGUGUCAAUCUGUUGUGUUGCUAAGAACUAUAAGAAUAGGCAAUCAUGAUAUAAUGGCAGGGGUCCCAACUAAAGUUUAUGGGACAUUAUGUCUGUAGGAAGGGGAGCACACAGAAUGGAAUAGCUGCUACCUGCAAGUGAGAGGUGAGACAGGAAAGCUGCAGAAGUAAGACACAGAAACCAGCGCAUGUAAAUAAAGGUGCUCAUAGAUUUUGUUUAACUUGAUCUAGGCCAAAUUAUUGGUGUCCCAUGUCAAAAUACUUCCAUAUCCAGUUGGAAUCAUCUCUAAAUUUAUCUGACAUAGUCCACCAGUGAAACAUUAUGGCACUGGUAAAAAAGAAUCCUCCACCCCCAUCUUGUCACCUUCACAUACUCCACAUACCCCUGGAGAAGAUUUGGGAGUGCAAGGGUGAGAAAGUAAGGUCUUGUUGUAAGGUGGAAGUCUGCUUCUGUGACAUUGGAUGUAGUUCUGUAUUUACAAAUAUAUUUUAGCCAGGUGAGUGGCAUCUGAUGGUUUCCAUUUCAGUAGGAUUGUGAACUCACUCUGGACUUUAGCCUGAACUUUAAAGGAACUACGUAUCUAAGAUCCCAGAAGGUGUUCAGCACCCUGGAUAGCUCCUUUAGGUGGCCUGAAAGCAGCUUCAUUAAUAUGGAUAUCAGUAAUGAGUUGGUUAGACUUAUAGGACACAAGCAUAAAAGCAUAAUAUGCAGUUUUAAAAAAUCCGCUUUAUACAUGUGUGCACUUUGAUGAUAGUGAUAUAAUCCUGUUAUUUAUUUCUCAGUGGUGGAAAAAGCAUUUAAAUCCAGUUGUUUAAAGAAGUGUAGGUCAUGGUCCUCUCCUCACUGUUUUGACCCAUGUUCCCAUUGCCACUUGAUGCAUCAAAUCUUCCCAUACAGUGUCAUGAAUGGAUGUUUGUAGCUUUGCAGCAUAGUCAGGAUCACAGAUGCUGUUUCUAUAAUGCACAGCCAUCACACAGAAACUGUCCAUGCAACCAUCUGUGCUUGUGAUGGUUCAUAUUAGGACCUGUCAUAGUAGCCAUGAGUAUAGCCUCCACAUCAAGAUGCAAACUUAUGUAAAUUGUGCUUCCAGAUGAUUCUUACUGAACUACAAGCCUGCAGAAAGUCAUGCAUGUGCUCCUAGAGGAUAUGCUGGUUGCUAGAAGUGACAGUAAGAAGGAAAUGCAC